AUGGCAAGGAUUUAUUUGGCAUGGUUUGACGUGGCAAGGUUUGAUGCGGCAAGGUUUGAUGUGGCAAGGUUUGAUGUGGCAAGGUUCGACGUGGCAAGGUUCGACGUGGCAAGGUUUGAGAUGGCAAGGUUUAAUGUGGCAAGGUUUGAUGUGGCAAGGUUUGACGUGGCAAGGUUUGAGAUGGCAAGGUUUAAUGUGGCAAGGUUUGAUGUGGCAAGGUUCGACGUGGCAAGGUUUGAUGCGGCAAGGUUUGAUGUGGCAAGGUUCGACGUGGCAAGGUUUGACGUGGCAGGGUUUGAGAUGGCAAGGUUUAAUGUGGCAAGGUUUGAUGUGGCAAGGUUCGACGUGGCAGGGUUUGGAUGGAAUGCAUUACUACGUCGAAUUCAAGGUGCGAGCCACAAAUUUGUCAUGAAACUUUACGAGCUCGUUGAAAAGUUUCCACACGAGGACUUGGACGCCAUCUUUUCCGCCCUAGACAGGGCUCGUCUGGAACGAAAACGGGGUAAACCAAGGCGCAAGGAUACAUGGACGCCGAUAGACUGCGAAAAAGCCGAGCAAGUUCUCUUGCGAGACGCCUCGCCAGAGCGCUACGACCUCACCUACAAAACCCUUCGGGUGCUUCAAAAUAUUGGCCUGGACGGUCAACGAGGGCAGAUAUCGGACGAGAUCUACCCCGCCAAUCUACUCGAUCACUUCGAGGAGCUUGGUCAAGGGAUCUUCAAGGUUGCACGCCCAGACUUACCCGCGUUUAGCUGCCAAUCGCGUAUAGAGCGCCGCGACACUAAAGCUCUCCUUCCGCUGCAGUCGGAAAAUACCUGGGCUAUUGCGAUCAUUAGCAGCGGCCACGCAGCCGUCAUCACCAGCGCCUCGACAGAGUCUAUGCGAAAAGAGAUCCUAGACAAGGCCCGGCAUAGCAUCGAACGUUACCCGUGCUUUCGGGGUGCGACACUGAGCGAGAUAGCACACCCCCCCUUGACUGAAGACUUCAACCUCUGUCUCCUCCUUGAAGCUUUUUCCAUUGCCAUGAACGUUGAGAUACAGGCUCCGAUUGAUCAAAACCUUUGGCGGGGAUUUUUUCACCACUUGACAAUACCGCUCAGAGGCGAACGCAAUGCCCUGCAGCUACAGCGUCCUCUUCGCCCGGCAAAGACACGACACGUCGUGUGGGUCGGCAUUCCAGCUGGCGACGGAAGCAUCCGGGAAAACUCGUUCAUCCACGUCCGUGUUUGCUUUAAAGACCUGGAACUCUUCAACGACCACUGUUCUCCAUUUCAGUCAGUUUCCGAACACGUGGUGAAAGAUCUCGAAGCCAGACUUGGAUCUUCUUUCAUUGAGUACGAUAGUAACGGUGUGGUGUUCAUACACCAGUCAGUCUUGAUGAUGCUCUUUGCUGUCCACAUAUCUUCCGCAACCGUCGAUUUCUGCAACUGGAAGCUGGAUGAACAGAACUUGAUACAUACGGUGCAAAAUUCUAGCUGCGAUGAAGUUCUUGUAUAUGUAUCCGACACGAGCUGCGACACAUCUGGCCUAGUGAGAAGGCUCUACGACACCACUGAUUACUUGGAGGCUGUGAUGGGUAAUAUGCGAGUCUACCCAAGCAAAACGGAACUGUCCUGGUGCCGGAAUAAGGUAGGCGACGUCAGGGUAAUGGACGACAUCGCUGCGAAGCUGCAGACCUGGCGACCAAGGACGUGCUUCGGAAGGGGCCACUGUGCACUCCGUGAUGUAGAGAGCGGUCUUAUGGUCUUGAAGAGAAGCUACAGCUGCGCUGGGGUUCACGUUCAUGUUGUCCCUGUCACACAACGCGGGAAGCUGCUAUGCACGACUCCGACGCAAGAUCGAGUGGCUAGGCGCACCAAGCCUACCAAACGCGCUCAACGUUCGGGUGUGCGAGAACAAGGUAUAUUCUAUUUCCAUCAGGAAUUUAUUCCGACAUUUAGGAAAAUUGGCGAGUUCAGGGUCAUGGUGUGCGGGGGACAAGUGCUCGCUGCCUUCAGAACAAAAGAAGAUUGGGAUGCGCGUGCCAAGCCGAUGGCUCUGCGGCAACUCCAACUCAGCGACUUCAACUGGCACUCCCAGGACGAUGAAACUGCCAGAAAGCAGAAGCGAGAUGAGCUCUUGGAUUUCGUACUGGAAACCGACACUCAGAUUCGUCAAUUAAAGGGCGAGAGGUUCGAGACUGUACAUGUUGGAGCGCGAUACGAUUGUGGAAUAUCACCGGAUGGUCAUUUCUUCGUCAGCGAGCUGACACGUUUCACAUUUGCGGACACUUUCUCGGGGGAGUUGGCGCCCCCGUACGAUCAGAUAAUUGGACCGCUGGCGCGAAUGAUUGCUCGGGUGCUCUUGGCGUAA